UUUCUCACUGUCCUUGUGGUUCAUGUUUCUGAUACCGAGAUCCUUUUCCUCCAAGGCGCUCGGUGUUCACUCUGGGUUUGUACAGCACAGGUAUCUCCGGGCACAAGCUUAGAGCUGACAGAGCCCCGAGUUGACGGGCGCUGUUGGUAUGAAAGGACUCUUAAACCAUUCUGACCUUCGUUGAGAGGUUGUUCUGGUAUGCAGGCAAUAAGCAAGUAAGCUGACAUCAUAGGGCAAACCCCGUAUUCACCCUGCGGCACUUUUUGAUUGCUUAUAAACUUAAACAAGACUGUAUUUGUACAAUCAAAACCAGGAACUUGAGGCCAGAUGGUCCCCACAGGCUCCUCAGGUGUUUGCAGACAGAUCCUGAGCAUCACUGCCAAGUAAAACUUCUCAUUUCCCUCUUCAGGGCAGCACAGGACGGAGGAAUUCCGGAAGGUGAACGUCCUGAUGAAGGUGCCCGCGCUAAGGGAUGGUUCUUUCACUUUAGCAGAGAGCAUUGCAAUCCUCCUGUACCUGGCCCGAAAAUUCAAGACUCCUGAUCACUGGUACCCAUCUGACCUGCAGAAAAGGGCUAGGGUUGAUGAGUACCUGUCGUGGCAGCACGUCAACAUUCGUGGGAAGGGGAGCAAGCUGUUCUUAACUAAGGUGCUGCUGCCUCUCCUCACAGGCCAGCCACUUCCUCCAGAGAAACUGGAAGGUGUUACUGAAGAGCUGAACGUUGUCCUGAAGCAGUUUGAGGAGAAGUUCUUGCAGGACAAGCCCUUCAUCGCAGGCAGCGAGAUCUCCCUGGCAGACCUUGUAGCACUGGUGGAGCUCAUGCAGAGAGCAAACCUCUUCCUACCAGCACAACAAAUUCCUCACGCAGCUUCUGUUCAAGUAGAAGCAGAGCAGAGAAGCCAUCAAAAACAAGAGCCUUAAUCUAUAGAGUGCUAAUCUUGAUAGACCUCAAAAUGGGCUUGGUAGCAGAGCCCUUCUUGAUACACGUUUCCCUGCAGAAUCUCAAGAUAGGGCUGCUGUGCAUGCAAAAUCAUUGCAUGAGCCAAAGCAAAUAAAGUGUCUUUUUUUUUUUCCUUAUUUAUGAUACUUGCAGUGCAAGAGCUCCAUGUAAGAGAGUCUUGAGCCAAUUCUCUGCUUGUUUGAAUAAGGCACAAGCUCCUUAACUGUCACCCAUUGUGUGCUCUUGCAAGGAUGGCUGCCUUCAAAAACAAGCUGGAACUACGUUCAGAGCUCGUUGUCUGGUGCUCCUCUGCUGCCAGUGUCACAAAGGAUAAACACACAGAUCGGCUACCACCCCCGCUCCAGCACGGUUGUGCUGACGGGAGGAGAUUUUAAAUUGUUUUUCCCAUGGUCUCCUCUGUCUGCUCUAAGCCCAUCUGAACUGUAGGGUCACUCUCCCAAUGAAGCUGUGUGUGCAGUGACCAGUGGCAUUUUGGGCCCUUCUAUGCCUGCAGGACAAAGCACCUCCCCAGAGCAAUUCCUUGGAUUAGAGCUGUUCAACAGAUAAAUGUGCCUUGCUGGUUUUUUUGCUCUAAAUUGUGCAGAUAAGGCAUUUCAUCCUUGUACUUUGCCUUUUGCUGUCUCUCCACCUCCCCCAUUUUGUUCAUUUGUGUCAUUUGAUCUUGGCUGGUUCCAGCUCCUAGACUGAGAGCCCCAAGAGCCGCCUGCCAAAACCCAACAGGUUGUGCGAGUGUUUUGCCUGCCGCAGUGCAAGGAUUGUUCAGUGUCUGCUCCCCUCCCACCUGAAUAUGGAGAGCGGUUACACCUCCAGUGACAGUUUAAUGUGCUGUUCUGAUACAAUUUCCUCAAUUCUUGCCAGGGGCUAUUUGGAAAUAGGUAAGAACCUGUGAUUUCUAGAGUAAAAUGAAGCUGGGAUACACAAAAUGGGAGGAAUGUUUAAAAAACAGAUACACAUCCUGAGACAUUUUCUAAA